CCUCUCUCUGUCUUCGAAAUGCACGGACACUCUCAAUCCGCUGCCGUCCCUCCGCCACUGCUUGAGUCUGCUGCGAAGCUUGCCGUGGCCGCUCCCUCUCCUCCGACACGGCCAAUGCCCUUCCAGCGCAUCUCGAGCUUGAACUCGGGUCGUAUCACCCAUCAGCACAGAUCGAGGUCGCCCUCUGCCGGCAACUCCUCCGCUUCUGCUGCUUGAGCUCGCGAGCCGGAGCUCCAUUUGCUUGUGCAGGAGCAGAUCCACCACUACUCCAAGGUCUCCUGCUUUCCAUCAUCCUCCUCGUUGCUCACACCGGCAUCCGCUGCUGCGCUGUAUAUCCCUAAGCCCACUCCAACGCUCCGGUAAGCAGGGACGUCGUGGGAGAUUCACCUUCCCCAUCUCUCUCAAGCAGGUAUUUUGGUUCCCCCUUCCCCCAACGAACUCUGAAUCUCUAUUAUGUGUUUGUUAUUCGUUUGGUGCUUUGGAAAAAGUUGUUUGUGUCACCGGAUUCUUUUCACCUUGAUUGAGUAGUAAUUGUCAGUGAUGGUAUUUGCCAUACUACGUUCAUCGUUUCUAGGGUCAAAGCCUCCAUACUGUGUUCAUUGUUUCUAGGGUCAAAGCCUCCAUGGUAAUAUGAUAUCUGUAACUUUGCCAUAUCUGUAAGUUUUGUGGUACAUGUCUGUAUUUUCUUGAAAUAAUUGGAAUCAUGGUAUUUACUACUACCACGCAAAAAAUUCAGUUAUUUCCCUAAGGUUGAAACAAAACUUACAGAUAUCAUGAGGAAUUUGAAGAAAUCCAUUUCUUUGGGGAUAAGCCCUACAAGGAAGGACAUUUGCUUUAUUGAACCAAUUGUGUGCAGAAGCACUGUUCAGGGGCGGCAUCUGAUCUCUGAUGAUAAUGGUUAUGUAUGUUCUGCACUUUCAAUCAAUCCAUGGUCUCACUGCUGCCCAACAACAGGGGACCGCUUUUCCUGCCAGGGCUGCAAACUCGAUUUACAGUGCUGCAAUUCAUAUGAGUAUUGUGUUUCUUGCUGUUUGAAUCCUUCUAAGAUCAAGAAAGAAGAUGUGCUAAAGCUCAAGGUAGCUAAGCCAGUUACUGUUGGAACAUACACAAAUGUUUUCGAUUUCUGCAUGGGAAGAUGCCGCCAUAGCUCUGCAAGUGUGGUACUGGUUUUUCUUCCCCCUUAGAGUGCCGGCCAACAAAAGAAGAAUGUUGCAUGCUUAUUGUCACUGGAGAUCUACAGAAUAGUUGGUUGUGGACUGGCCAGGAAACGCAAGAUCACAGAGCUAACGUGGUGGUCCUCGAUGGCUUCAAGGACGGGCGAGCAACGAGGGCGAGCCGCAACGUCCUGGCAACGCAUGAUUGCGGAGGGGGUGCGAGGUGUGCGACGUCCUUGACGGCUUCAAGGACAGGCGAGCGAGGGCGAGGAAGGAUGGUCGACGGUGAGGUCGGGCGAGGGCGACUCCAGGACCUAGCAAUGCAGGAUCGACGACUUCAAGGACGGUCGCAGGGCUGAGGUGCGACGUCCUCGACGGCUUCAAGGACAGGCGAGCGAGGGCGAGGAAGACUCUAGGACCUGGCAACGCAGGUCGGGCGAGGGCGAGGAAGACACCGUGACCUGGCAACGCAGGAUCGAGAUUGUGUUUUGUUUCCUUACCCGUGACCGUAAUUUUUGUUACAACAAGGAACUGGCAACGCAGGAUCGGAAAUUGACCGCAAUUUUAGCUAGGUACAUGAAAUUUUAUAUCAGGAAUCUUUUCUUUUUCUUUAUUUUAUUUCACACCCUUUCACAUCUCUGAUUAUAUAUUAUUUUCUAUUGUAAAUUUGCAUCAGGAAUCUUUUCUUGUUUUUUAUUUCAAUUUUCACCCUUCCACC